AUGGAGAGGAAAAGUAUUGGAGAUGUGGUGGUUCUGUGGCUUUGGUUUCUGUCCUUAGCAACUAUAAACAUCGAGUUUAGUUUGAGUGAUGGAACUUCAGAUGUCAUCUGCAGUGCAAGAGAAAGAAGAGCACUCCAGAGAAUCAAACAAGGCCUUGUGGAUCAGGGAAACUACCUCUCUUCAUGGACCCAUGAAGCCUGCUGUUCAUGGAAAGGCAUUGGCUGUGACAACAUAACUAGGCAUGUUGUCAAGAUCAACCUCAGUUGUGAGCCCAUGGAAGGAGCUUCCUUGGGUGGGGAUAUAAGUACUUCUUUGUUGGACCUGAACCAUCUUCAGUACCUCGACCUCAGUUGGAACAGCUUUGAAGGACUCCAGAUUCCAGAAUUCCUUGGUUCCCUGACAGGUUUAAGGUAUCUUAAUCUCUCCAAUGCAGGUUUGACUGGUGAUGUUCCUCGUCAACUUGGAAAACAGUCGAGCUUACAGUAUCUUGAUAUUGGAGGCAUUUCUCUAGAUACCGAGAACCUUGACUGGAUCUCUUCUCUUUCCGUCCUUGAAGUUCUUGACAUGAGCUGGGUGGACCUAAACAAAGCGUCUAAUUGGCCACAAGCAAUGAAUACGCUCCAUUCUUUGUCAGUUCUAAUCUUGUCUGACUGUGGGCUCGAUAGCAUCAAUCCUCUUCCAGUUGUGAAUUUUUCGUCUCUCACUGUCCUUGACCUCUCAGAGAAUCAAUUUGUUUCUCCAACAUUUGACUGGUUUUCUAGCCUUGGAUCACUUGCUUCACUUGAUCUAAGUUCCAAUAACUUCCAUGGACCAAUUCCUACCACUCUUUGCAACUUAACUGCUCUAAGAUCCCUUCAUCUUUUCAAUAACAGCUUCACUUCUACUAUACCUGAUUGCUUGAGUCACCUAACUAGCCUUGAAAGUAUCGACUUUUUAUCAAACAAUUUUAAUGGAAUCCUUCCUGUUUCCAUCAGAAACCUUACUUCACUUGUAGCUGUAGACCUGUCAAACAAUGCCCUUGAAGGGGAAAUCCCAAGAUCAUUGGGAGAACAUUGCAAUCUACAAAGGCUAGAUUUGUCAUCUAAUAAACUUGUCAAAGGUUUAGAGUUUCUAGACCUUGGAGCAGAUGAAGUUUCAGGUCAUUUUUCGAAAUGCUUAUCGGUUCUUUCUGAUGGGAAUAGUUCAUCUUCUGGACCAACAUCUGUAUCUGUAAGAGGCUCGUCAUCCUUGAGUUACUUAGAUAUGUCCGGGAAUUCUCUGAAGGGUAUAGUGUCUGGAAAGCACUUCGCUAAUUUGACAAGGUUGAAAUAUUUACAUGCUUCUUCAAACUCGUUUACAUUGCAAGUAGGUUCUGACUGGAAUCCUCCAUUCCAACUAGAAAUUUUGAAAAUGGGAUAUUGGCAGUUGGGGCCUUUAUUUCCUGCAUGGCUGCAAACGCAAAAGGAUCAGAUGGAUCUAGACAUAUCCAGAGUGUCAAUCAAAGAUGACAUCCUAUCUUGGUUCUGGAGUCUCAAUCUUGACUACAUAAACCUAGCGGACAAUCGGAUCUAUGGCACUGUUCCAAGCUUACCAACUGCAUAUCAGAUCUAUCUUUGUUCAAACAAAUUCACUGGCCCACUGCCCCGUAUCUCUUCCAAGACAUUUUCAUUAGAUCUUUCCCAUAACUCCUUUAAUGGAUCCCUUUCACCCAUCUUGUGUCAACAGAACAAUGAAGAGAACAUUUUGUGGUCUUUAGACCUCUCCGGAAACAUUCUAUCUGGAGAACUUCCUGACUGUUGGGCGUCCUGGACACUACUUAUGGUGUUGAGAUCACAGAAUAAUAUUCUGACUGGACAUCUACCGAGCUCGAUGGGUUCCCUACUUCAGCUAAGAUCAUUGCACUUGCACAACAACAGUCUCUCUGGUACUCUACCGCCUUCCAUGAAAGGUUGCAAAAGUUUAUCAUUUGUAGACCUCAGUGAGAAUGAAUUCUCUGGAAGCAUACCGAUGUGGGUGGGGAAGAAUCUGUCUUAUGGUUCUUGCCCUACGAUCAAAUUAAUUUACUGGGAGUAUUCCUAUGGAAUCCUGUCACGUUGA